GCCAAGAUAAGUUUCCAAUCCUCAGUGUGUCUCCGGACUGUGUUUGUGAGUGACGUGAAGGAAAUGUGCUCUAGCAGAUGAGAAGACGACAUGGGCGGAAAGAAAUCCAAGGUCUCGGCAGACGACAACGACAACGACACGACGCAAUCGGCAAGAAAGACCCCCGAGGAAAACCUUCCCAGCGCCGAACGCAUUCGCAAACACAUGACCACACACUUCGGCUACAGCGUCCUCAGCCUGGCUCGGCGUGGGAUUCGGGAUCCUCCGGAGGGUCUGUGGGAUCUGACGGAUCUACAGAAGCUCAACCUGUCACUCAACUCUCUACGAUCCAUUCCCUCGUCUCUGGGAUCGCUGGAAAACCUAGUGGUGUUGAAUCUGUGGGGGAACCAGCUGACCAGUUUACCGCCUGAGAUCGGGCGUCUCCGAAACCUGAAGGUGCUUUUCGCGUAUCGCAAUCGGUUAAGUGACGUUCCCGAGGAACUGGGAUGCUGCGCUAAACUGGAAGUUUUAAGUCUGGCUAAUAACCUUCUCACCGGCCUCCCGUCGACACUUUCAUCCCUCGACGGACUCAAGAAGCUCAACCUGAGCCACAAUCACAUCAGCCACAUCCCCGGAUGCGUUUACGCCAUGAAGAGCCUGGUGUUCCUGCAGCUGGCCUGCAACAGAUUGGAAAACAUCGCGGAUCAGAUCCAAGCCCUGGCCGACUUAAAGAUCCUCAUCGUCGAGGGAAACUGCAUCCACACGCUUCCCAAGAUGCUCUGCUGCCUGACCAAGCUGGAGCUCCUGAAUGUGGACUUCAACGACAUCCAGAGCGUCCCGGCGGAGAUGCAUCGGCUGAGACGCCUGGAGAAGUUAGCGUGCCAUCCGCUGGAUAAAGGCCUUCACAUCGUGCACAAUCCCCUGCUGAAACCCAUCAAAGAGGUUCUGGACGGGGGUCUGCAAGCGCUCUACAGUUACCUGAGGAACUCAUAACACACACACACACACACACACACACACACACUACCAUGUUUAUUUAAAUGAAUCCCGUCGUUGCCAGUGUUGGGUGAGUUACUUUAAAAAAGUAAUUAAUUACUACUUUCUAAUUACCUCUUCAACAGUGUAAUUAGAUUACUGUACUAA